GCACCAAUCGGCAAAGAGCACAGGAAAACCGGUGCACAUACCAACGAGCAUAUGGACUUAACGUUACGGUUCGCGUUCUGGUGUUGUUCGCGCCGGCCUCUGCGGGGAAUUCUAAUAAAGUGGCGGCCUCUGCCGACGGAAAUAGAAAUCGAAAAGGAACGGUCGGGAAUGCCGAUGAUGCGCGCACAGCGGUCUGCUGGAUCAGUGCUAGUGCUUGAUGCGAGGCGAGUGUGUACGGUGGUGCACGGUCGCUUCGCCGAUACGGGUUUGCACAGACUGUUUUCGUUCUGUCGCUUCGCUAAAGCGUGUUCGUACUACUUGCCGCGACUGUGCGACCACGUAGAGAGUAGUGCCAAGCAACGAGGGCGUAUGUAGAACCUUGGUUAGCGAGAGGGAGAGGGAUCGAAACCGCGAACAGCGGAGAGACGUCCGUCGAGUCAAGUAAAUUUGAAAGAUCGCGAGUGAGACACGGUGGAGGAACGUAGGGCAGGGUGGCUCGCCACCAGCCAACUACGAAUAAAGGGCAAGAGAAAUGGGCCGGUCCGUACUUACGUGAUAGGAGGUGCAUGAGCGCGCGCGCGCUCGCACUCGUUCCGCGUGUGUAUGUGCGUGCGUGUGUCGUCGAUGCGCGAGUGUGUCCGUGAGGAAGGGGUGAGCAAGGGUGCGAAAUAGUAUCCCUGUAUUCCGAAAGUGAUAUAAAAUCGGCCAGCCUAACUCGAGAAGCCAAGGGAGCUGCGUGCAACUAUCCCCCUGCGACGAUCCCAAGAUGACAGCCAACUAUAUUUUUCUGACGCUGAUUAACGCGGCUUUCCUCUGCCUCGCAUCGACCAUACUCUCGGAAUCAGCCGGAGCCUCUUGCAAGUGGUUGUCCGAGGGUGGCAACGACACCCGUUCCGCGGACUGCACCCUCCGAGUAUUGGAUCCUGCCGCGAUCACGAGCCUCGUGCCGUCCCUCGACGGGGCCCUCAAGUUGCGUAUACGGUGCAGCGACGUCCAUCAUUUCGAGAGCACCUUCAACGCGCAAAGCUGGCAACGUUUGACCACUUUGCACGACCUGCACGUGGACGGGUGUAAAGUAUUGCGCGUACCCGUGGGUGCUUUCCAACCGCUUCUCGAGCUGAAACGACUGACCAUGCAGACCUUCAAUUCCGCCUGGGGUGCUGGUCGCGUCCUCGAGUUCGCGCCCGACUCGUUCCUCGGUCUUCGGGAGCUUCACACGUUGGAAAUCGUCGAGAGCAAUUUGCACACGCUUCCAGCGAAUCUCCUCUGCGGACUGGAUAAUCUUCAAACGCUGAACCUUACCGGGAACCGUUUGCGCGACACCAAUGACAUCGGGUUGAGCCGCCAGGACCUGCCACCCAACGAAACCAUCGAGGCCUGUCGCGCGGACGUACGGAUUCUGGACUUGUCCCGGAACGAGAUUACACAGUUGCCCGAGAACAGUACGCUGGCUGGCCUGCGGCAACUGCAAGAGCUGCACCUGCAGCGAAACGCGAUCGUAGAAAUUGCCGGUGACGCGCUCACCGGGCUGACCGUUCUGCGUACUUUCAACGCGAGUUAUAAUUCCCUGGACUCGUUGCCCGAAGGGCUGUUCGCCAGCACGAGGGACCUUCGGCAGAUACACCUGGCGUACAAUGGCCUCCGCGACCUGCCGAAGGGUAUAUUCACUCGGCUGAAGCAGCUGCAGGUCCUCAAUCUGGCCGGCAAUCGGCUCGGCAGCGACCAAGUCGACGAAACCACUUUCCUCGGGCUGAUCCGUCUGGUCGUCCUCGACUUGUCUUACAAUUCGUUGACGCACAUCGACGCGCGUAUGUUCAAGGACCUUUCCUGCCUGCAGAUACUCGAUCUACGAAACAAUUCCAUAGAUCGAAUCGAGAGCAACGCGUUCUUUCCGCUCUACAAUCUGCACACCCUCGAGCUCUCCGACAACAAGCUUCACACCGUGGGAGAACGACUUUUCAACGGCCUGUUCGUUCUAAACCGCCUGACGUUGUCCGGCAAUUCUAUAGCGAGCAUCGACCCGCUCGCGUUUCGCAACUGUUCCGAUUUGAAGGAGCUGGAUCUGAGCGGUAACGAGCUUACCGCUGUACCCGACGCGCUCCACGACCUCGCUUUCUUGAAAACCCUCGACCUCGGCGAGAACCGGAUCAGCGAUUUUCACAAUGGCUCGUUCCGCAAUCUUCAUCAGCUAACCGGUCUGAGAUUGAUCGGGAAUGACAUCGGCAAUCUGUCGCGCGGUAUGCUCUGGGAUCUUCCGUACCUGCAGAUCUUGAAUCUCGCUAGGAACAAGGUGCAGCACGUCGAGAGGCACGCGUUCGAGAGGAAUUUACGGCUGGAGGCGAUACGAUUGGACGGGAACUUCCUGUCGGACAUCAACGGCGUGUUCACCAGCAUAACCAGCUUGCUGUUGCUAAACCUUUCCGAGAAUCAUAUCGAAUGGUUCGACUACGCGUUCAUACCGGGGAACCUGAAAUGGCUGGAUAUACACGGCAAUUUCAUCGAGAGCCUGGGAAACUACUACGAGAUUCGCGAUUCGAAAGUGAAAACCUUGGACGCCAGUCAUAAUCGCAUCACGGAGUUGUCUCCGUUGUCGGUGCCCGACAGCGUCGAGUUGCUCUUUAUAAAUAACAAUUACAUUAGCGUCGUUCGGCCGAAUACGUUCGUGGACAAGGUGAACCUGACCAGGGUCGACAUGUACGCGAACAUGAUCGAGACAAUGGAAUUGACUUCGUUGCUGCUGACCAAAGUCCCGGAGGAUCGACCGCUGCCGGAGUUCUACAUCGGCAGCAACCCGUUCAACUGCAACUGCUCGAUGGACUGGCUGCCGGCGAUCAACAAUCAAACGUCGACCCGAGAAUAUCCGCGCAUCAUGGAUCUCGACAAUGUGAUGUGCCGCACUUCCGGCCCACGUGGCGUCGCCAUCGUACCCGCCUCCACGGCCCGAUCGGAACAAUUCCUUUGCCGUUACGAGGCCCAUUGUUUCGCCCUCUGUCAUUGCUGCGAUUUCGACGCGUGCGACUGCGAGAUGACCUGCCCGGCCGGCUGCAAGUGUUACAACGACCGCACUUGGAAUACGAACGCUGUGGAUUGUUCCGGCCUCGGAGUCGAGGAAAUACCCCGGCGAAUACCGAUGGACGCGACCGAGGUCUAUCUGGACGGUAACGUGUUACGCGAGUUGCAAAAUCAUGUGUUUAUCGGACGCAAGAAUAUGCGUGUACUUUACGUGAACGGUAGCAGCAUCGAGUCGAUACAGAACCGCACGUUCAACGGUUUAAACAAUCUGCAGAUACUUCAUCUAGAGGACAAUAGGAUACGCGAGCUGAAGGGUUUCGAGUUCGAGCAUCUCUCUCAUCUGCGCGAAUUGUAUCUGCAGAACAACGUGAUAGGAUAUAUCGGUAACCUGACGUUCUGGAAGUUGCAUUCCCUGGAGAUAUUGAGACUGAGCGGUAACCGACUGGUAACAUUCCCAGUCUGGCUUGUCAAUUUGAACGCGCGGCUAGUCGAACUGUCUUUAGGCGGUAAUCCAUGGUCUUGCCGGUGUAAAUUCUUGCAGGAGUUGUCGGGUUGGGUAUCGGACAAUGCUCACAAGAUCGUGGAUGCGAGCGACGUUUGGUGCUAUUACGGCGGCGACGCGAGACCAGCUUACAGGCGCCGUUUGAACGUCAACGAAACGGUCUGUUCCGAUUACUUUUCCGAGGGCGGCGUGAUCGAAAGCAUCAUGUUAUCCGAUUAUUUGCCUCACGUAGCCGCCACUCUGUCGGCGGUGCUGGUUCUCUUGGUAAUCAUAGUCCUCGCGUUCGUAUUCCGCGAGCCGGUCGGCGCUUGGGCUUACUCGAAGUACGGAUUGCGAUUCUUGCGCGCGAAACCCGGCAAAUCGACGGGGACGGCGACGAUACCGUCAGCCGCGCCGAUGACUGCUUGUUGCGACGGCGACAGGGAACGUCGGUACGAUUGCUACGUCUGUUACAGUCCGAACGACGAGGACUUCGUGCUUCAUUCGUUGGCCGUGGAGCUCGAGCACGGCACCGCCGGUCUGAGACUGUGUCUACACCAUCGCGAUCUGCCCUGCGUGCUCCGUAGUUCCGCCCCGGCACCGAUCGUCCUGGAAGCGGUCGACGCGUCCCGCAGAGUACUGAUAGUUCUAACUCGUAAUUUCUUGCAAACCGAAUGGUCGCGGUUCGAAUUCCGUGCGGCGCUUCACGAGGCGCUCCGCGGCCGGACCACUCAGUUGAUCGUUGUACAGGCUGGUCAUGCAUGCCCGGAAGUGGAACGCGAUCCGGAGCUGCGGCCGUACCUUCGAACCGCGGCGGCGAUACUCACGUGGGGCGAGAAGAGGUUCUGGGAGCGUCUGAGAUACGCGAUACCACCGGCAAAUACGGGGGACAUAUCCAUGGAGAACAAAUCGUCGCCGCUCGUUUACAAACGCAACAUCAAUACGUACACGCUGGACGGCGUCGGCAGCGAGAAGACGAGCAUGUCGACGCUGCGGGCGCAAGAGAGGCAGAGGACUUUCUUCAAAGACUCGUCCCCAACAACCGCAUUAAUGUUGCAGCAUGCGCCGCCCGCCUAUUCCUGCGGCACGGUUUCGAUGCCGCAACAGCAACUGCCACCUUCGUCGCCGCAGCCUAGGCUGACCGUCAAUCACGCCUACCGAGAUGCGGUUACUGUACCAGGUAGCAAUCUCAUCGCCACGAACACGACGGUGAGCAGCGGCAGCAGCGAGGAUCACAGGAGACCGCUGUCCGAACACAUAUACUCGUCCAUCGACUCGGAUUAUUCGACGCUCGAGAGAACUGCCUGGAGACAGCAACAACCACCGCCUCCGCCGCCGCCACCAUCUUCCGGCCAGGCCUAUCUCGUCUAGCUCCGCGUGAAUUGUCUUCUGCUUGUGAUACGUUUCUCCGUUGGAAAAAAAAGCUUGUCCCGCUUUCCGUGUCCGCGCCGCAAAGGGGAGGGAUUGGCGUAUACUCACGGUGACGGCGACGGCGACAGAUAUUUCCCAAGUUUUUCUGAUCGUGAUCAACGCGAUAACCUUGGAUAGUUGAUAAAUGAUAGAUAUAUUUUCGAUUACAAUUCGUGUAUCGAGUAUCGGAGGUUACGGGAUAAACGAGAUUUCGUGUUGGUACCUCUAAAGAUUAUCGAGCUUUCGCUUUGUUACGGCCUUCCCUCGACGGGAACACACGACGGGGUAGCCUCGCGAUGGUACAUACGAUUAGCCGAGCACCGAUAACCACUUUGGAAAUAUUUGUUUGCGACGAUUCUUUCUCUACCCGUCGAGUAUGCUCGCUGUUGCUUUGUUUCAUCGGCAAAAGCGUGAUUGUCCACUUUUCCACUUGUACCGUUUCCUUUUCUCCCUUGCGUUCGCUCUAUUUCCUCCACCCUUUCCCUCUCUUUUGUUGUCUUUCAUCCUUCUUCGCUAGAUAUCAGAACCUCAACCUCCAUCUCUUUCGUUCUCUCUCUCUCUCUCUCUCCCUCUCUCUCUCUCUUUCUCUUCGGGAACAGAUUGCGCGCGCGCAAAACUGUACUAUGUGAAUUUCUGAAUGGCGUCUCGCGAGAACCUAGUCCGACUGGGACUCUUCUAUUCCCUCUUCCACUUCGCUUGACGACUUUUCACUGUGCAAUAAAGUAUAAACAAGCCGUCUCCUUUGCGCGGAAAAUCGCCGGGUAAUCGUCCAUAAAUGGCGAUUCGUUUCCACGCGUGUACAUAUUUAUUAUAAAAUAACAAAAAAAAAACGAGAAAAAAUGCGCAAUAUGUAAAUAGAGCCGCAAGCUGUAUACGCGCGUCAGCGUAUGUGUACGUAUGUACAUUGUACAUAACUAUAAUACCAACAAAACGAUAACGUCGAUUCUGGCGUACGAGUUCCGCCGCGUAGAAAGUUUUAGCUUCAAUUUUCAAUUCUCGACUAGGUAGAGUGACCUUUUUGUAAUUUUAUAUGUCCAAUCGAAUGUUGUAUGAUAUGUAAAUAUGUAUAUCUCGGACGCGUCGCCUCGUGUAAGAUAUUAUUCAUCGCGUAAGAAUGAAUGACAACAAAAAAACGAUAAUUAAGAGUGAGAAGCGGAAAAGCAUGCGCUCGCGACACCCUGAACCACAGAGACACGCAUUUAGCGCAUGCGUCGUAAACUUAACUGUAUACUUGAUUUAUUUAAAUCAUGUGAAUAAAUUUAUAAAAUACGUUAUUAUUAUACA